AUGGAUUCCUAUGGGACUCUUUCGUGGAUCCAGGCCUCUCACGCGCCCGUUCGGGUGACCCGACCGCCGCCGACUCCGGCAUCCGCCAAACCGCCGACGCCCCCGCCAUCCCCCGAAAAGCCGACAUCCCCGCCGAUCCCCAGGGGGAUGUUCUACGAUCGCGUCCGCAACGUGAGCGCCAGGAUCAUCGACCCGAUUCGGGUGGAGGCCUUGAGCGUCGACCCCUGCGACCAGUCAUGCGCAAGGGAACCAGAAUGCAAAAUGUUCUCUCUGGAGACUGAUCCAAAAACUGGGAUGAAAACGUGUCGGCUCGGAGGCAAGGAGUCCAAAUUCGAGGUGGAAGACUCCGAUGGCACCUCUGUCCUUUAUUACGACCGUGCCCUCGUCCCCAAACGCUACUCCUUCGCCAUGGUGACGAAAAAUCACAUUCACUUCUUGCGGAAUCUGCAAGGGCUCCACUCGUUCGGCGCGGCGACUGAUCAAUGUAGGGUCGACGUCGGCGGCGAUGUGGUCAUGGACAACCAGGGGCAGGACUGGCACGAACGCAUCGCUCGGCACAUGGGGAUCGAGGAUUCCUGGCUCGGGGCCGACGACAUCGACGAGGACGGGAUCUACACCUGGGUCGACGGUUCGAUCAUGGAGACCGCGUCUCUCUACUGGUGCGACGGCCAGCCGGAUUUCCACUUCUGGAAGGGCGAGACGGAGCGGUGCCCCGAGCUCGUGAUCAACGCCGUGAGGCCCGGGUUCGACGGCGGGACGUACAGGCUCCGAUCCAAGCUGAAGCCCAGGGAGCCGUAUCCGUGCUGGAACGACGUGACGUGCGACUCGGUGAGGGGCGUGCUCUGCGAGGUCAGGAUCCCCUGAAAUGUGUUAAGAUCGGUGAA